CCUCGAGAGAUACUGCGUCGACUUGCUGUAGAAAGAGCGAAUUUACAGCCCCAGGAAUUGUAGAAAGUUCUAUUUGCAUUCUGAAUUUGGCAAUACUCCACCAUUUUUGCAUGAGCUGUAGUUGUUACCUACUUUCAGAUAAAGGAAUACUCGCCAGGGUUUCAUUGGUGGCCUGUAAAGAAAACUGAACAAAGACGCGGCAGAAAAGCAGCCAUGUCAACCGCGGGAGAAAGAGAUGCUGUAUUUCGUACCACCAAAGUCCGGACCAAACUGAAGGGAGAUGCCAGCUGGUUGCAGCGUCGCAAUGAACCUCAGGCCGAAACCCAGGAGGAGAAACCAUGGGUGGCAGAGGUUAGAGCCAGCCGUUUGAACGGAGCCCCUAUUGAGACCAGUCCAGAGUCUUCACCAACGAAAGCCACACCGCCACCUAUAAAGAGCGACGCUGACAGAGCACCGACUUCAGGAUACCUGAUCAGAGGCGUUUUCACUAAACUAGACAAGCCUGCUCCAUCCUCAACGUAUAAUGGUUUUAGCAAAACAACACAAUUCACCAAAAAACCUUCAGAGAGCUACAAGAGAAUAGCCCCCCACACUGUGAGGCCCACUUCAGAGAACCAGGAGGGCCAGCUUAGCCUCGAGGAGCAGGAGAGACGGACGGAGGCAGCCAGUACUGUUCUGAGGAAAUCAGCCGCCAGGCAACGGUCUUAUGUGCUUUCUGCUGCUCAGAAAUAUGAGUCUAAAGAAAAAGCACCUGACACGUCACUGGUCAGCAGCACUCCAUCAUUUGUGGCUAAAAGGGUGGAGAUUACUGAUGAUGAUGAGAGCGCUGUGGCUCCAGCACCUGCCAGCGCUGUGCCACCAUCCCCUGCUGUUCCCGUCACAUCUGUUGCCUCUGUGCCGGAGCCCAAACCUCGGAAACUAGUCAGCACCGGUGCUAAGACAGCUGUUGAUGUUGCUGUUAAUGAGCCAGUAGCUCCAAAGGUGGAGGAGGCUACCCCAGAGCCUGUGAAGAAAGACCCCCUGCCGUUGUCUGUCACAGGAAAAGACCCAUUUGAAGACAUGAAGCCUGACUGCACCAAGGUGGCCACUCCUCUCCCUGAGCUGAUCGCUGAGUGUAUUCAGGCAGUGUCUUCAAAGCCAGAACCUGAGAAGUUAGACGUUUCUGAGCAGGAUGACACCCCUCUGGCUGAACGUUCCCCUCUAGUGUUACCUACAUACGCUGCACCCAAAGUCGAAGAAACACCUGCACCAGAAUCUCCUGCACCACAACCGGUUGCCCCGCCUACAACUGUCCCAGAAGUACCUGGUCCAGUGUCUCCCCUUCCACCAUCACCUGCCUCUAAAGCUGAGCCAGAACCAGAGCCUGUACAAGAACCAGAGCCAGAACCAGAGCCUGUACAAGAACCAGAGCCAGAGCCAGAACCAGAGCCUGUACAAGAACCAGAGCCAGAACCAGAGGCAGUGCAAAAACCAGAGCAGGUGCAAGAACCAGAGCCAGAACCAGAGCCAGUGCAAGAACCAGAGGCAGUACAAGAACCAGAGGCAGAACCAGAGGCAAUGCAAGAACCAGAGCCAGAACCAGAGCCAGUGCAAGAACCAGAGCCAGAACCAGAGGCAGUGCAAGAACCAGAGCCAGGACCAGAGCCAGUGCAAGAACCAGAGCCAGGACCAGAGCCAGUGCAAGAACCAGAGGCAGUACAAGCAACAGAGCCAGAGCCAGAGUUAGAGCAGGAGCCAGAACCAGAGCCAGAACCAGAAACUGAACCGUCUCCUAAACCAAGCUCCGGUGUUGACACGCUCACUGCUUUGUCCGACACUCUGAUUUCUUUUGGCCCAAGUUCAACCAGCUUUAAGGACGAUGAGCCAGAGCUGGCAAAGAAAGAAGGAGGCUCAGCGGACAGUUACACAACAGAGAACAGUGUUGAACAAGAGCCAGCGCUCAGCAACUGUGAACCAAUAACAGACGAUCUCCUGGGUUUUAAUGAUCGUUCGGAAGAGUCAGCAGAGCCUGUUCCCCCCAGCCCUGGACGCUGGAGUCAGGAUCUGCUUAGCGGACUAGACAGUGAGUCAAGUCCAGAAAAAACCAGUGGCACCCUGGACCUCCUGGCCAAUGAUGUGAUUGUGAUCAACUCAGAGGCACGCAGCCUCAGCAUGCAGCGAGAGGAGGAGGAGAAGCAGACAGAUGAGACAGCCGAAGAAACACAAAGCCCCACAGAGACCGUCACUAUAACGACCAAAACUGUGAUCAUUACUGACAAAAGCGAAGAGGACAGUGCUGAUCCCUGGAGCUCACAUGUGACAACCAUAGUCACUGAGUCAAGCUCGGCUGAUCCGUUUGAUCCAUAUCCGAUAGGGACCACAUCCCCUAACAGCUCCUCUGACCUGCUCCAGCCCCUCUCAGAUAUUUCCAUCAACAGUGCAUCAGCAACUUCCAUGGAGAAGGAAAACUUAAGUCCAGAAACAAACAACACAUUGGAGCCCCUUGCAGACGACGUCAUCCCCAUCAACACUGACACCACAAGCACUCGGCGGUCAUGGACACGCACAUGGGAAACCAGCACACCACAGCAGACUAGCACAGAAGAGAGCCAGGAAGCCAAACCAGAGGCAGAAGGCCAAGCUGAAGAUCAGCAGACGCUGGUCAUGUUCGAGAGAAAGUCCACUGAGAAUGACUCCCCAUGGGACAGAUGGACAUCACCCACUGUCUAUACCAUCACCUCCAACGCUACAGAAGAGGAAGAAGAAGAAGAAGAAGAGGAGGAGGAGGAAGAGGAGGAGGAAAGCCCCGAGGAUACACAGACAGUCACAACCAUCACCACUAUCAGGGAGAUACACAGCGAGCCAGAGCCUGCUAUGGAUCGCUCUGAAACCUUUUCCAGGACCGUGAUAGAAGAGGAGCAGCGCGUCCAAACACCAGAACCCGACGCCAAAAGGGCGUUUGUGUACGUGAAGGAGUACGUGAAUGCAACUGAGCUGUCCUUGCAUAACCCCAGAGACAUAAUCGAUGGGGGGUCAGAUUAUUUGACUUCAAGCUCCGUCGGUUACUCCUACAGCAGCCAAUCCACUUACUCCACAGCCCCGCUGUCAUCCACCUGUACAUACUGCGGCGAGCAGGUGGGCAACGAUGCCAAGAUCACCAUCGAGCACCUCAACAUCAACUGCCACCCCGCCUGCUUCAAGUGUGAUGUGUGCACUAAGCCUAUGGGAGAACUUCUCUACAGCAUGUUCAUACACAAUGGGAAAGUCCACUGCGAGAGCUGCUACUCCGAAGUCAUCUGAUUAUCGAAGCUCUUCAGCAGCCUCUUAUCCACGUCCCCUUUCCUUCAUGUUCAUUUACAUAUAAAGUGAGAACUGCUUUCACAAAGUUUGGACCGAGUUUGGUUUGAACUUAGGAUUAUAAUAGUUUAAGGUGACCAAAGAGACUGUCAUAGUGAAUUUGAUUACUGAAUGUUGACACGUACAUUGUGCUGCAUUUCUGCUGUCAAACAUGUUACACAAGAUUAUUUUUUGUUUUCUUAGUGGUGAAAGCUGUUUCUGCCUCCGUUUACUAUGAAGGAUAUGUCUGUUCGACACAGUGUGUUACGUACAUAACUGAACAGACGAAAACUGGCAAGUGGGGUACAAUAUUAUACAUUAGAAAAUGACUUUGUUACAAAAUGUUUACUUCUUCUUGAUACAAAACACUGUGUUCACAUGAUGCUUUAACAAAAUAAAGUGAUUUCUAUAA